AUGGACUACUCGAAGCUCAAAGUCGCCGAGCUCAAGGACCUACUCAAGCAACGCGGACUUUCAGCCACAGGACUCUCCAAGAAACAGCUGAUCAUUGACGCUCUCGAAGAAGACGAUGCCGCGUCAGGACAACCAGCCGAAGACGAGGAUGAGGACGAAGAUGCUGAUGCUGAUGAUGCCGAAGUCGAAGUGAAGACAAGCACGCGCUCGUCGACAAAGAGAAAGGCGUCCUCGCCCGUGCCAGCUGCCCCCACUCGGCCCAAUCAGCCGAAAAAGCCAAAGCCAGAGCCGCCUGCUACUGCCGCCGACACUCCUACCAACACUGUCAAACCCACUCCCAAGAUCACUGAAGCUCAAUUCGCCCCAGCAGGAGCGAACCUCGACAUUCCUAUCGAUGAGGGUGUCUCUUCUGGUUGGCAUGUCUUUGUUGACCCCGACACCGGUAUAAUCUACGAUGCCUCGCUCAACCAGACCAAUGCUUCGAACAACAACAACAAAUUCUACCGCGUUCAGCUCCUGGAGAGUAGCUCUGGUACGAAAUACCAGACAUGGACCCGUUGGGGCCGCGUCGGCGAGCACGGACAAUCCGCCAUGCUCGGAGAUGGUUCUCUUGGAGAUGCUUUUGUCCAAUUUGACAAGAAAUUCAAGGACAAAUCUGGCCUCAGAUGGAACGACAGAGGCGAGAAGCCCAAGCCUAAGAAGUAUGUCUUCGUCGAACGUAGCUACCUUGCCGACGAUGACGAUGCUCCUGCUCAGUCCGGUGCUUCUCCUGAUGGCGACGAUGAGGAAGCCGCAUACACACCACCCAAAUGCACACUGGAUCCACCCAUCCAAUCGCUCAUGGAGCUCAUCUUCAACCAAAAGCAUUUUGCCAAUACCAUGCAGUCCCUCAACUACGAUGUCAACAAGCUUCCACUGGGAAAGCUCAGCAAGGCCACCAUCACCAGAGGCUUCGAGAUUCUUAAGGAGCUCUCUGCCUUGAUGAGCGAUACAUCACUUGCUCCAAAUUUGCAAGGCUUUGAAGAGCUGAGUAACCAAUACUACAGCUACAUCCCUCACUCGUUUGGAAGAAACCGCCCGCCAAUCAUCCGCACAAUCGACAUGCUCAAACCAGAGAUAGAGUUGCUGGACAGCUUGAGCGAUCUCAAGAAUGCCGAUGAGAUCUUGAAGAAAGCAAAGGAGACGACCAGUCAGAUCCAUCCUCUCGACUCGCGCUUUCAAGGCCUCGGCAUGCAAGAGAUGCAGACUCUUGAGCCCUCGAGCUCAGAGUUCUCCGAAAUUAACCAGUACCUCCACAAGACCUGCGGUUCGACCCACGCCGUUAAGUACGAAGUGCAGGACAUCUUCCGCAUUCAACGCGGAGGAGAGUUUGAGAGAUUUGAUAAGAGCAAGUAUGCUACUGUCGAAAGUGACCGCCGCCUCUUGUGGCACGGCAGCAGAUCAACCAACUUUUCGGGAAUCCUCAGUCAAGGUCUUCGUAUCGCUCCGCCUGAAGCUCCCGUCAACGGUUACAUGUUUGGCAAAGUAUGGUGUAUCCUUCCAGGUUUUGGUACCUUUACUUACAGAUACAACAGNGGCAUCUAUCUGGCCGACAUGAGCAGCAAAAGUGCCAACUACUGUUCCUCCUACGAUUCAGACGGUCAUGCACUCCUCCUGCUUUGCGAGGCUGAACUGGGCAAGCCGAUGCAGACUCUCACCAAUGCCAGCUACCAAGCAGCCGAGACCGCCAAAGAGAUGGGCGCCUUCUCCACUUGGGGUCAAGACCCUGGUAACACCAACGUCCCUGGUGCCUAUCUCUUGUACAACGAGUAUAUUUGCUACGAUAUCGCUCAAGUCCGCCUGCGCUACCUCUUGCGUGUCAAGAUGUGA